AUUCUGGCAGAAGAACAAGCUGAAAGUGUUGUAUGCUAUGGAAUAAAGGUUGUUUGGAUAUAUUCUGGUUACAUCACCAAAGAAAAAGGCAGUGCUCAAGGUACAAAACCUGUUGCCUUUGCAGUUCGGACAAAUGUUGGCUACAGCGCAGCUCAUGAUGAUGAUGUUCCGGUCCCAGGCAUGGCCAUCUCGUUUGAAGCUAAAGAUUUUCUUCAUGUUAAAGAAAAAUUUAAUAAUGACUGGUGGAUAGGACGGUUGGUAAAAGAAGGCUGUGAAAUAGGAUUCAUACCAAGCCCGGUCAAACUAGAAAACAUGAGGCUGCAGCAUGAACAAAAGGCAAAACAAGGAAAAUUCUACUCCAGUAAAUCAGGAGGAAACUCAUCAUCCAGUUUGGGUGACAUAGUUCCUAGUUCCAGAAAAUCGACGCCUCCAUCAUCUGCUAUAGACAUAGAUGCCACUGGCUUAGAUGCAGAAGAAAAUGAUAUUCCAGCAAACCAUCGCUCCCCCAAACCCAGUGCAAACAGUGUAACAUCACCCCACUCCAAAGAGAAAAGAAUGCCCUUCUUUAAGAAGACAGAGCACAUCCCUCCCUAUGAUGUAGUGCCUUCCAUGCGACCAGUAGUUUUAGUGGGGCCUUCUCUGAAGGGGUAUGAGGUAACAGAUAUGAUGCAAAAAGCAUUGUUUGAUUUUUUAAAACAUAGAUUUGAAGGGCGUAUAUCAAUUACACGAGUCACAGCAGACAUCUCACUUGCCAAACGCUCAGUAUUAAACAACCCCAGUAAGCAUGCGAUAAUAGAGCGAUCUAACACAAGAUCAAGCUUAGCUGAAGUUCAAAGUGAAAUUGAGCGGAUUUUUGAGCUAGCAAGGACACUGCAGUUGGUAGUACUUGAUGCUGAUACCAUUAAUCAUCCAGCUCAACUAAGCAAAACCUCUUUGGCUCCCAUUAUAGUAUAUGUAAAGAUUUCUUCUCCUAAGGUUUUACAGAGGUUAAUAAAAUCCCGAGGGAAAUCUCAGGCCAAACACCUUAAUGUUCAGAUGGUGGCAGCUGAUAAACUGGCACAGUGUCCUCCAGAAAUGUUCGAUGUAAUUCUUGAUGAGAACCAGCUUGAAGAUGCUUGUGAGCACCUUGCUGACUAUCUGGAAGCCUACUGGAAGGCCACUCAUCCACCUAGCAGCAAUCCUCCUAACCAGCUUCUCACUCGUACACUGGCAACAGCCACUCUUCCUAUUAGCCCAGGUUCAAAUAUUAAUUUACAGGGAUCUCAAGGAGACCAGAGGAGUGACCAUUCAGUCCCCGAACGCAGCGGUUCACAAAUUGAAGAGGAGGCACGGGUGGAACCCAUCAAGAAAUCCCAGCAUCGCUCCUCCUCAUCCCAACACCACAACCAUCGCAGUGGUGUUAGCCGAGGCCUUUCUCGGCAAGAAACUUUUGACUCGGAAACCCAAGACAGCAGAGAUUCGGCUUACAUAGAGCCAAAGGAGGACUACGCGCAGGAGCACGGCGACCACUACGAUUCCCACCGGGAUCACAAUCAUAGAGACGAGUCCCAUGGGAGCAGUGAUCACAGACAUAGAGAAUCAAGGCAUCGCUCAAAGGAAAGGGACCGCGAGCAGGACCACAAUGAAUGCAACAAACAACGUAGUCGUCAUAAAUCAAGGGACCAAUAUUGUGACAAGGAUGGGGAAGUGAUAUCCAAAAAACGUAAUGACACCGGAGAAUGGAACAGGGAUGUUUACAUCCGGCAGUAACUUUUGCCCCUGGCAGUCUUGUGUUUCUUUGAAGUCUUGUAACGAUGCCCCUUGAAAGUAUCUUUGGGUUUUUCAUUGCAGAACAUAUGGUAUCCUCUGUAUGCUGAUUUGUAUUGCUGUUGCUUGCAUAGCAAUAGCAUGAAAUAGAAUAUUCAUGUACUUAUUUUUUGGUUAGUGCUAUAUGAAUUAGCGUAGUACAACUGCAGAGUUCCUGGUGUUGUACUAUGCCUUUUUUUCAAGCUGUUUUUGGUAGCUGCCACUUGAACAAUAUCUGUUGCCAUCAAGGUGUUGUGUUUUUAAAAAGGUACCUUUGAUGUUUACUAACUUCCCAUGUAUUCAGCAAGCCAGAAUCAGCACAUAAAAAAACUAAAACUUU